GUAGGAUCAUCCCUAGGUGUAGAAUGGGCAUAAGGGCGGGAAACCGUUUGACAGGAGGUACCACGUACGCGAUAAAGAGGCAACUCGUCGGUCAUCCAGCACGGUACACGUACGUGAUUCGUGGACACACGUCGCUCGACCGAUAGGGAUUCCAGUGCAAUUACUCACGCGCGUCGCGAGUAAAGAAUAGAAAUUUAAUUUAUUGACCGCGCGUUUUUCGUCACACGUCGCCGGGACACCGCGAGCGAACCGGUUUUGCGCCUCGGCCGAAAAUUUGUCCUUCCCCCGUCCUCCUAGACAUGGCUGACGUGGGCGGCCCUGCGAACGUACGUGCUUUUUUGCCACUUAAACGCGGACGAUAUAUAAUUCCCGGGGCCGAGAGAUCGUAGCAAUCGUCCGAUCAACUCCAACCUCUUUGAAUCGUUACAUAAAUCCACAUCGUCCCGCCAGCUCGCUCGAGGCUUAUUCGACGUUCGGAUAUGACUGGUGUGCUCUCGGUUGUUCGGCGGGAUGCUCGUGGCCAUGAGAAAGCUGUAUUAAAAACUCUUUAAAGAGAGGGGGAAAAAACAAAAAUCAACCAGCUAAUUCCAAUAAGAAUAACAUUGAAACAAAUGGGAAUAAUGGAUUACUUAAGAGACCCUCACCUAGUCGCAUUGAUUCAACGAUUUUUCGGUGUCAGGAUACAUUACGAUAAGGAUAACAAGACAUUCCAAGAGGAAGAGAAAAAGUACAUUUACACAGAAAUUGAUGACAAUGAAGAAAAUUAUAUUUCAACUUGCCAUAGUAGAAAGCUAAACGGUUGUGAUAUAAACAGCAAACAAUCCAACACGAGCCCUCUGAAGCACGGGACAAACGUGCCAACGAUGAAACAAACAGCUUUGACAGAAGCUUCAGAUAAUCCAACUUAUACAAUCGAUAAUUUCUUUUGGUACUAUACGUUUGUGUUCGGUACCGAGUUAGGGGAUGAGAUUUUCUACUCAACUUUUAUACCUUUCCUAUUUUGGAAUAUUGAUGGAGCCAUCGGACAAAAAGUAAUCUUAGUAUGGGCCAUUAUUAUGACUAUUGGACAGAUACUCAAAGAUGUAAUAUGUUGGCCUAGGCCAGCGUGUCCUCCUGCAGUCAGAUUGCAAAAUAAAUGGUCGCAAGAAUAUGGAAUGCCAUCCACUCAUGCCAUGGUUGGUUUGACGAUACCAUUUAGUGUAGUAUUAUUUACAAUGAACAAAUAUAUUUAUCCAUUUUCCGUCGGCUGCAGUAUUGCAUUUCUUUGGUGUUUACUUGUCAGUAUGAGCAGAUUGUACCUAGGUAUGCAUACUGUGCUAGAUAUUGUGGCCGGCUUAGUACUAGCGAUUCUAUUAAUGAUCCUAUUGGUACCCGUAGUGAGUGUUACAAAUUUUUAUGUUGUAACGAAUUUUUGGCUCCUAGCGAUGCUAAUUGCAAUCAGUAUUGCUACUAUAGUAUAUUAUCCAUCCAGCAACAAAUGGACACCCACUAGAAGCGACACUGCCAUGGUUGUGUCAGUCGCAGCAGGAGUUCACGCAGGAGCAUGGCUUAAUUAUUGUACUGGUUUAUUAAGGGCAUCGCAAUCUUUGCCACCAUUCCAUAUCGUUUGGCCAACGUAUUCUAUGUUCGGUUGUCUAAUCAUUAGAACUGUACUUGGCUUUUCUGGCGUUGCUGCUACAAAAGUCUUAAGCAAAUCUGUUAGUUAUAUUGUAUUAUGUGGCAUAUUACGAAUUAAUUGGAGGGAACUUAUGAAGUGUCAAGAUUAUGGCAAUCCAAAUAAGGUAUUUGUCGACCUAGUUUACAAAUAUAUAUCUUGUUUCAUGAUAGGUGUAAAUACAGUGUAUGUAUUACCACAAGUUUUUAGCGUGAUAGGUAUCGAACGACCAGCAUUUUACACGGAGAUAUAAAAAAUGUUACAUUUGUUACUCAAUUUAUAUUGCCCUGUGAAAUAUAUUUUCUAUCUUGUUUGUUUA